CAACGGUCACAUGCAAAAUCACAUGACACACAGGCUUGCAUAACGAGAGAAUAGGCUGUAUUCAACACUUUCUGACUUUGGAACGAGAAAAUGAAGUCGUUUAUAGUGCUAGCGGUGAUUUGCCUUGUCGUUGCAACUGAGGGCGCUCUGUUCGGCCCCAUUCAUGCUUCGUGCAAAGUUAACUGGACGUUUUCACUGCCGUGCAUGAAUGUGAGCAGCGCCAUUGUGAAACAGAUAGGAACAUGGGAGGGUGAUGCGGGAUGUGCUAAUGGAGGAGAGAAAUGUCGCUACAAGUUGGUGUCCAGUACGACCACACAGGUGAAGGCCACCCACGAAACCCCUAAGAAACACUACGUUGAUGACUUGACCUUCACCUUUUCACAGGCCACCAACGUCUGCAAUGUCAAUGGAGACAGCACGUCAGAGACCUGGUAUGCUGUCCUUGACUUCGGCACAAACUACUGCAAUCUCCACAACCUCAUUGUCGGGGCUGGACUUGACAAAUCUCAAGGCUACAAGGAGACGGCCAGUGACAGCACCUGUACACAGUUUUCCUCAGCAAACUGUAAAAAAUAUUAAACAAACGUAUACCAUGUUGGAUGUGUAAGACAUGUUGGCCCAUGCCUUCUGCUUGUUGUUAUCUAAAAUGGGGAUAUAUGCAGGGUUUACCCGACGCAGAAAACCUGUGUAUUUGACAUAAUCUAAAGAGAAAAUACGUAAUAUUAUCUCCAUUGCGUCAGUCAGUUUUGCACAAUUAAUUAAAAUGGACAUAUCCCUUGACAAUAAAAUAUGACCGAUGUCAGCUUCACCUAAUGUUGGUAAACCUAAUAUCUAAAAAUGGAACAGCCCUACUGGCAAGCUCUCGAUUGCAGCCAAUGAGAAUGAAGUUUCAAUAGUUGCCUAGUGGGGUGGUUGUAUUUCCUGUCAGUCACUGUCACCUUUAUCAGUCUAUAUCAAUCCGUUAUCUGCGAAUAUAAUAACAAACAUUGGACAUUACAAAUUUCAUGUAAUUAGAUUGACAUCUGUAAAGAGAGUAGAUAAGUACUUAAAACAUAAUUUUAACAGCUUGAUUAGAGAAACAAGAUAAUACCGUAUUCGACAUAAUAAGAGCCAAGGCGCUCUGAAAAUUAGAAAUAGGGGGCUCUUAUUUAAAUAUUAUUUUGGUGAAAAAAAAAAGAGUUGCAAGAUCGUACAUUUCGUGGUUUAUGCUGACAGGCCGAAAUUGUUUAUAUAUGACAGAUAUUUUUCCAGAAUUUAAUUGCCAAUAAAUAAGGAUGCCUAUAACUAACGUAUUAUACACGAAUAAAUAAGUCUUGUGUACACUGAUCAAUCGGAAGGGGUUUGUUCACUAUCCAAUAUAUCAGCAAAUAUCGCCGUAUUACAAAUUGAAUUCAUUACGGAAUCUAACAUCAAUUAGUAUUUUGUUAAAAUGACCCCCUUCGAAAAACAUAUGACUCCCUAUAGUUCAGCUAAGGAGUCAUAAUGGCCCCCAGUUUUAAGAGCCUAGGGCAAACCCUGGAUAUAUGAUACCUCAUUCUCACACCAAUGUUGCUGCCAUGUGUUUCUCUGCAAUUUGUACUUAUUUCAAGCACAGGUAUUUAUACCUGUACACAACUAAAAAUGUAUUUUUUGGUUACCACUAUAUGCUUCGGCCUUGUAUGAUACAGGGGUUGUGAAAACUUAUGUGUCUAUUUGUGUGCAGCUGUGGAUUUCUGUGUGUGAGAAUAUGAGAAAACUUGAUAAAGAUUUAUGACAAGGGCAGUGAUCUCUUGUUAGCAUUGUAUGCAAUUCUUUUGACAUGAUUGUUAGUUGUUUAGUUUCUCCACAUAGAAGGUGACAUGUUCUGGCAAUACUGUUACUACCAUCACUCAAAGUCCAAAAAAUUAUUGAAUUUCCGUGCUUGCUUUAUUUACAUCUCCACAACAUGUCUCCACUGGUAUUCUUACUAACAUUUUGCUGUUAGACAUCUCCAAUACAUUUUACUGUUAUUGCAAGCUCUUUUUGAGUAAUGUCCCUUUGUUGUACCAGGAUCUGCAUGUCAGAAUCUUAGAUUUGCCUUCAAAUUCAUGGUCUGUGUUUUACAAAAGUGGUAAACAUCUAUGAAUGGAAUCACCUUCUCUCAUCCCACAUUGUGGCGACGCCCAGGGAUAUAACUGGAAUAUCAUCCAAAGGGGCUUACUAUGUAAAAGUUGCUUUUGGUUGGUCAAAUUUACCAUGAUGACUCACCAUGUUAACAUUUGACAAAUAACAAGCCUUGUGAGGAAUCCAUUCAAAAUCUCAACAAAUAAUUAUUGUAAAUACACAAUCUGAAAUUUUUGUUUCUUCUAGACUUCAAAUACAUGAAGAGUAUUUACAGCAGAGCUUUUUGAUAGAUUAUUUUGUAUAUGUUGGUCAGAUCUAGUACAGAUGUGUGUAUGAAUAUCUUUGGAUGUACUUUUGAUACUUUAAAUUAAAUGUUUUGAAGAA